UGGCAAGUGAUAGGGGAGUGGAGAGAGAGUGAGGAAACGGGGAGGCCGUAAAAAGCUGCCGUCUCCUUAAACAUAACCAAUGUUUUCACGGAUGGGUGACCUGGAAGCGUGAGGCAGCAUGAGUGUGAAGGCCUUUGAGCUGGUGCCGGUGGUGGAGCGCGAGCUCCUGAUGGCAGACAAGGCGCGCAUCAACAUCGAGUGCCUGGAGUGCUGCGGCAAGUACCUGUACGUGGGCACCAACGACUGUUUCAUCCACCACUUCCUGUUGGACGAGCAGACCAACGCCAAAGGCCACACGGUUUACCUGUCUCAGAAGCUUCAACAGAAACACCUGGGGCUGAAGAAGGCCGUGGCCGAGCUGAAGGCGGCGUCCGCCCUGGAGCGUCUCAUUGUGCUCUGCGACGCCACGAUCUACGUCCACGACAUGCUCUCCCUGGAGGUCGUGCCGUCGGGCAGCGCCAAGAUCAAGGGCGUGUUGUCCUUCUGCGUCAACGAGAACCCGGUGAGCGCCGACCCCUUCUGCGUGGAGCUGGGCGCGAUCUCGUCGCGGCGGCGCGCAGUGCAGAUCUACACGGUGCACGAGGACCGCGUGCAGCUGGUCAAGGAGCUGGGCACCACGCAGCAGCCGUGCGCCCUCAGCCUGGACGGCUACUUCCUGUGUCUGGCGCUCACCUCGCAGUACGUCAUCCUCAACUACAGCACGGGCGCCUCGCAAGACCUGUUCCCCUACGACAGCGAGGAACGCAAGCCCAUCAUCAAGAGGAUCGGGCGCGAGGAGUUCCUACUAGCUGCCCCUGGAGGACUGGGUAUGUUUGCCAAUGCGGAGGGCAUGUCCCAGCGUGCCCCGGUGAACUGGUCGGAGAAUGUCAUCGGUGCGGCCGUGUGCUUUCCAUACGUGGUGGCGCUGGACGAAGGUUUUGUAACCGUUCAUAGUAUGCUGGACCAGCAGCUCAAGCAGACCCUUUCAUUCAGGGACGGACACAUACUGCAGGACUUUGAAGGCAAGCUGGUGUUGUCGUCCACGAAAGCUGUGUACAUGUUGGUGCCGUUGCCCCUGGAGAGACAGAUUCAGGGCCUGCUGGCUGGAAACAGAGUGGAGGAGGCGCUUACCCUGACAGAAGGAGCUCAGAGAAACAUACCCAAAGACAGGUUCCAGAUUUUGCACAAAAGAAUUCUACAGCAAGCAGGAUUCAUCCAGUUUGGACAGCUUCAGUUUUUAGAAGCAAAAGAACAUUUCAGAAAAGGUCAGCUGGACGUGCGGGAGCUCAUCUCUCUGUACCCGAUGCUGCUGCCCGCCUCAUCGUCCUUCACGCGCUGCCACCCGCCGCUGCACCCGUUCGCCGACCUCAACCAGCUGACGCAGGGCGACCAGGAGAAGGCGCAGCGCUGCAAGCGCUUCCUCAUCAGCUAUCUGCACGAGGUGCGAAGCAGCGCCGGCACCAACGGCUUCCGCGAGGAGGUGGACACGGCGCUGCUCAAGCUCUAUGCCGAGGCCGACCACGAGAGCCUCUUGGACCUACUGGCGUCCGACAACGCCUGUCUGCUCGCGGACAGCGCCCCCUGGCUAGAAAAACAUCACAAGUAUUUUGCGUUGGGACUUCUGUAUCACUACAAUGGCCAGGACUCUUCAGCUGUACAGUUGUGGGCGCGGGUGGUGGAUGGCGAUCUGCAGGACUCCACGCGGUCGGACCUGUUUGAGUAUGUGGUGGACUUCCUCAGCUUCUGUCCCAACAUGGACCUGGUGUGGAAGCAUGCAGAUUGGGCCUUGAAAAGAGACCAGACGAUAGGGGUGCAGAUCUUUACCAAGAGGCCGGUGGAGGGACGUGACCAGGGGGCGCCGAUGAACCCGGAGGACGUGGUCACGUACCUGCAGAAGCACAGCCAUGCUCUCCUCCUCUACCUGGAGCACCUGGUGCUAGAGAAGCACGUACAGAAAGAGAAGUUCCACACGCACCUGGCGUUGCUGUACACAGAGCGCGUGCUGGCUCUGCUCUCUCAGCCGUGCUGCUCAGACGAGGUCCUGGCCCAGGCCCGCUCCAGACUCCAGCACCUGCUCAAGGAGUCCGACCUCUACCGCGUCCAGCUCCUACUGGGUAAGAUGGAGGGCGUGGAUCAGCUGCUGGUGGAGCAGGCCACACUGCGUGGGCGUCUGGGCGAGCAUGAGCGGGCACUCCACAUCCUGGUCCACCAGCUCCAAGACCGCGCAGCCGCUGAGGACUACUGCAGCUGGGCGGCGUCCCCCCAGGACCCUGCACUGGGCCAGCAGCUCUUCCACCUGCUGUUGGACACCUACCUGGAUCCCGACGUGCCGGGCGGCGUGGACAACAUGGCCGCCGUGGACCUGCUCAAUCGCCACGGCAACAUGUUUGACGCUGUGCGCGUCCUGGAGGUCCUGCCUGAAGGCUGGUCGCUGCAGCUGCUCCGCCCGUUCCUGACCACCGCCGUCCGCAAGAGUGCCCAUGCACAGCGUACGGCCCAAGUGGCCGUGGGACUGGCCCGCGCAGAGAACCUCCAGCUUCUGCACGACCGACUGAAGUGCCGCGGUGGCCCGGUGUUGGUGUCGGAGAAGAAGGGCUGCCAGCUGUGCCACAACACCUUCAGCGAGCCGGACUGCGUGUGCCUGCCCGGCGGGGUGCCCGUCCACACGCGCUGUGCCGCCCAGCGGCUGCGGGACUCGCCCACCAAGCGACGCUUGGAGAACGGCAGCAACCACACAUGAGUGGACCAGGUGACGCCUGGGUGUGUAAAUGUGAAAGCAGCGUGGGGGGGGCAGGGGGGGGGGGCGCUGGCUGGCUGAACAGAUGCAUGAGUGGACCCACCUGGCCCACCUAGGCCCCCCAAGCCCUGGACAGAAUGACCCAGCUGAGUCCACGCUCCCUCAGCAAAUGCCUUGAAACUGUGCCCCUCCGACGCAAACCUAGUUGUUUUUGUUUUGUUUUUCUUGUGUGUGUGUGUUUGUGGAUGUGUCUGAGAAUGCAUGAGGGAGGAGUGAGCUGGAGUGAGUGUGUGAGCGAGCGAGUCUGAAAAAGUGUUGUUUGUGUGUUUUUAUUUAUUUCCAUGCAGUUAACUGUGCACAGUAACACUUCAUGCCGGAAAAGCAACAGCUGUCCUUUUUGUAAACAAAAGAACAAAACAAAUGGUGAGAGUCACUUCACUGAAGAGAACCCAUCUCCCCCAUCCUUAAACCUUUGGCAUGAACUGAUUCUGGGCUGUUUAGAUGUCUAGGUCAGUUGAAGUGUAUGUCAUAACAGUAGUUCCCUCAAGACAGAAGUUUCCCUACCAGAAAGACUACAAAUACCAGACAUCCCCUGGCACAUGCCCUGCACUAAAGAAAUCACCAUCCAGGUUUCAUCGCUCUCUGUGUGAUAGUCUGUGGGACUCAUCAAGGACUGAAUAAAGAUGGCGGUGUCAUUGUACAAUUCCAAAAGGACUGUCCAACUUAACGGCCAUAAUUGUGGAUUUCACUGAAAGGGAAAUGCAACGCUAGGUGUUGUUGGUUGCUCGUCACGUAUGCUCUAUGUGCUUUGUUUGCUACAUCUGACGUGUUCUUUUGAGUAAUGACCGUUACCACAGCUUCAAAAGUUUCUUUUGUAGUGUGACAAAAAAACAAAGACGAUAACAUGCUUCGUCAAACUGCAGUGUGUUUUAUGGAAGAUUUAACUCUGAGAGGAGCUGUGAUGAGCACAAGCCAAGAACCCUGCGACUAAAACACCCUUAAAUACGAGCUAGUCUUCUGGCUGUACUCUCUCUCUCUCUCUCGCUUUCUUACUCUCUCUCUCUCACUUUCUCUUUCUUUUUCUCACACUCUCACUUUUUCUUGCUUUCUUACUCUCUCUCACUUUCUCACUCUCUCCAAUGUUACAUAUCGGCAGUUUCUUUCUCUCAAGCUGCAAAUGUGAGGACCCUGUGGGAUGUUUCAAAUGAAGUGAGUGGUCUCAUACUUUUCUGUGAAGGAAAAUAGAUCAGAUUUCCCCCCUCCUCUUUUAGAGCCUUGUUCAAAGCCUUAUAAUUGUCAAGAUCAUGUGGACAUGAUUAAAAAAAAAAAAACAUGUAAACAUGAUAUGAUGUAGGCAAUUCCACUGGCCAUUGAGUCUCGCUCAUUUUGUUUAAUUGUACCUGUGUGUGUCUUAAAAUCUGCAUUCAUCAGCAAGGUACUUUGAGAUCAGACUUGAAAGACGAGAUGGAAUGAAAGAUGUUUGUUUACAGGCUCCACAGGGGCACUGUGUAUGUGGGGAGCACAAUUGAUGCACUGCCUAACGACCCGUUACCACUGCAGAACUGUAAGGCCACUGUAGCCAUGACGACGUGAUCAUAUACUCCGCUACUGAAGCCGUAUGGCAGCAAUGUCUAAUCUGUGUAAGCCAUGUUAACAUAACUUUAUCAAUUAAUCAAUCAAAAUGGCAUCCUUUGUAAACCAUUUUAGUGAUCAUUCAAUCUGGCCAAUCUCUCUGUUCAGUCAGUCUGUGCAUGAACUAAUAACAUCUCAGAUUUAUUUGAGGGAUUACACUAAAUUGGUGUAAGCAGCUCUUUCGAACGAUGUCUGUGUUAAAUUUUGAGAAGUGAUUGCCUUGGAUAUUUCAGUUCCCGGAGUUGUGUAAAAUACGACAAGCCUCAGUUUGAAGAUUUUAGCUUUGACUUGUACACAGAGUACCGGUCAAGUCCUAAGGAGAUGUGGCCCUGGUACUUACAUAUGAAAUGGUUUUCAAAUCCUUAAUCAAUUAUGAAAAAAAAUCUAUGACCCCUUUAAACCCAAUCCUCAAAAGUACCUACAUUGCUAUAUCUUUAUAUCUUCAGAAGUAUUUUAAAUAUAAAUACUGGUAUGUAAAUAUUGUAUUUAUAACUGUCGCUUUGUAACUCAUUGCCAGCGUGGGUGGAAUGUAUAGACUGUACAAACGUCCAUUGUAAUAAACAUGAUGAUGCUUAA